GGAGCAGCUAGUUGGCCUUGGAAACAUGGCGUCGCACUGACAGCUGGGAGCUUCUCAUUAUCUUCUCCAGCACCUACACAGCGCCCCGGGCCGUUAGCGAAUCGGUUUGCGGUCCCAAUUUAACCGUUAAAAAGAAGCUUACUUCAGACGCAGUCUUCGUCCUGAAAACACUGCCGUUUAAACGCUGCGGCGCAAUAACGGAUUUAGUACGGGUGUCACGCCCACUCAGCUCGGUAACGUUCUAACGAUACGGUAAGUUAGCAUCCAGCUAACAGACAGCUAGCAGGAACCGUUAGCACGACACGACCACUUAUGUUAUGUGAAGAGGACCUGCCACUACCGCCUGUUCACUGCUUGGCUGUCCGCCGUUAGCUUCCACCUUAGCAACGCACUCUGCCCCGUGCAUCGCUAGUUAGCUUCCACCUUAGCAACGCAGUCUGCCCCGUCCAUCGUCAGAUAAGACGGCGACCGUUAACGGCAGUUAUGUUAUUGUAAGUUAGCUCGCUAGCCGGCUAGCUAGGGCGUUUCUGUCAUCCUCCCACUGAAUUUUUAAUGUUCGACCCCUUUGGCAUCACUGUCGGAGGAGAGAGCGAUGGGCUCCGGGGCUGUGGAUUCGUCCCAAUGGCUUUCGGUGAAGGAGGAGACCAUUUUCCUCCACGACGGACUCAUUCGGGUCACAGAUCUGGCCGAACUGCCCAGUGAAAUAGGAGUGUCUGAGCAGGGGGACACCGAGCAAGAGAUUCUAACCUUUGAGACCAAGAACCCGGUGGAGCUUGCUGAGCGUCUGCGUGCCGUCUGUGGGAAUCAGAGCAACGCGUACGCGCGCCUGCUGGAGUACCGCCUGAAUGCUCUGCGCGGCCUGUGGGGGGCGCAGCGGCAGCUGGCCCUGGAGGAGCAGCAGGAGCGCGAUGGGACCGGAGGGGCUGACGAGGAGACCUUGGCCUUGCUCAAAAGACAAGGUCUGCUCCAGCAACCCGAGCAGGCGCCCUUCACCUCCCGCGUCGGCCUGCUGCUGGUCUUCCCCCUCCUGCAGUCCCAGACGCGCAGCGACCCGGCGCUCUGCGGAGUUACGGCGGAGGUGCUGCUGGCCUGCCUCCGGGACUGCCAGCCGCUCAGCCUCAGCAAAGAGCCCGCCGACUGCCUCAACGGCCUGGAGGGGCUGCUCUGCUCCUGGCUGGAGGACGGCACCCAGGAGUCAGGCCACCCGCAGAUCCUCCACACACACAGACAGAGGGAAAACGCUGCUGCUGCACUCGUGGCACUUGCCUGUGCCAGGGGAUCUCUGAAGACCUUCAUCCACACAGUUCACCUGCUGCAGAAACAGACCGAUCUGGGCCAGCUCCCCGUGUCUGAUGUCCUGUACAGACUUCUGCUCCUGGAAGGAGGCCCGGGCUCUCCAUCCUGCCUCCUGGGGGGCAAACACAGUGUGUCCUGGGGCUUUGAGGACAUGCUGCCCACACCUGACAAUUCUGCUGGAGCAGCGGAGAGUAAAGACACCGACCUGGGCCGCUGUCUAGCCACAGACGGACUCUAUCUGUAUACCACUAACUCCUCCGGGAGAGGACUCAGCAAGCUGGGCUCUGGUUUACACGGGACACUGAGGGGUUUUGUGUAUUGUCGAAAUGAAGAGUUGGAGCCUGGCUGGGUGGUGUUCAGCAGUGGCCGCCUCCUCCACCGUCCCUCCUCCUUUGAUGCCAAGCCUCAUCAGCUGUGCCAGGUCAUUGACCCCUUCACCCUCCAGGUGUGCCAGAUUGUGCCCAUGCCAGCGCACCACUUCCCUGUUGGCAGCAGCAUGACCACGCUGCACCUGUGCUCAGAUGGAACCUACCUGUACUGGGUCUGGUCCCCAGCCAGUCUCAACGAGAAGACACAGAAGGGACACUCUGUCUUCAUGGAUGUCUUUCACCUCUCCACGCAGACAGGCCUAUGUGUUGCAGACAUCUUGCAGGAGAGAGUUAUUCUAACUCGCAAGGAAGGCGAGUCCUCAAAGUGCUUGAACGAGCUUCUCUUGAGUCGAAUGUCACGCUUCCGGGCCUCCCAUUCUGCCACGUUGGCUGCUCUCACAGGCUCGGCAAUCACCAACACUGUCAAAGAGGAACAGUCUGCUGUCAACACAAGCUGUGGCCUCCCUCUGAAGACGCUGAGAAAGACCCCGAUGUAUGUGUGUGGAACCUACCUGGUGAUGCUGGUUUCCCCCCCGGGGGUAUCUGGGAGCUCCGCCACACGCUCCCUGUUUGGAGGAACCAGCAGCCUGUCCUCUCUCAAAAUUUUAGCCUCCAGCCUUGUGUUUAACCUGGCUGACGGUCAGUUCAGCAGCCGCGCGGACCUCAUCGACGCUCCCGGCAGUUCCCUGGGCAGGGGAGCGCAGGUGGCGGGGCUAGGAGCGUGUUACGAUGCACUGAACAACUUGAUCUGGACCUGCUCCAGCGAUUACAUCGAUCAGUGGUGCAAUCCUGGGAACCAAGCCUUUCAUCAUGUGUGCCAUAGGCUCGGUGUCAGCCAUGUCAUCAAGGAACCCAAAGAGGAAACGGUGGCCACUGGCGAUGUGAUCAACCAGCUGCUUCAUCAUGUAGGUGCUAUGUGUAUCCAUCAGCUCAACCUGCUGGCGGCCAGCAGCAACAGCCUGCCACUGGGGGCGCUGCUGGGAAAACAACAUCCCAUCGAGGCCCGCCACUUCAGCAGCAUCUGUGACAUCAUGGAGAAGGCCAUGGUCAACGGAGACACCUGCAUCAUACGCUGCAUCUUGGUGGUGUUCCAGGUGGUGUUUAGGUUUUUCAACCCUCAGUCGGAGCAGAAUAGGGAGAGUGUGCGUCGCUCAGGCCUUCUCCUGUGGCAGCUCCUCAUGGCUCCAGUGGAUCAGAUCGGAGCGGAGAUUCAGAAAGAGGUGUGCCUGGCCAUCAGCUCAGGCUUGAAUACUUUGUAUCAGGGGGAGGCUGAACUCAAGAAACUGCUUAAACUGGUUUUAACCGAAGGUGAAAGGAACAGUGGCCUGUCCCAACUUCGUGAUGUCAUCCUCACUAACCUGGCAGACCAACUGCAGAAGAAUAGAUUUGGGAGUGAAGAAGAUGACCACUACAGAUUGAGUGAUGAGCUGCUGCACUGUAUCCUGAAGACUGUAGUCCGGGAAUCCUGCCUCGUCAUCACCAAAUGUCAGACGGUUGCCCGUGACGACUUCCAGAAGCUGCUCUCCACUGUGCCAGUGGUCUCACCCAGUUUGCGCUACCUCAUGGCUGUUCAGAACCACCUGCUCAGUAACACCGUUCUCAUCCGUCCGGAUGAUAACGACGAUAGCGACAGCUCCCUACAAGGGGAAACAAUGAAGGUACAGGAGCUGCAAUGUAGCAUCCUGUCCCUGGCAACCAAGAUCUUGGUGGGAUGUGAUGAAGUGCUGGAGACCCUGCAGCAGGUGACCACCGCUCUCAUUAACAGCGACAUCGCCGACAGAGAAACCAGGUUGAAAGGCCUGGAACAGAUAACAAAGGCCACUAUGCUUGGGCACCUGCUGCCCGUGUUGCUGACCUCUCUGAUGCACCCCAACCUGCAGACCCUCACGCUCGCCGACGCCCUCAUGCCUCAGCUGGUGCAGCUGGUCCUCUACACCAGCCAGACUGCCCUGCUACUAAAGACUCAGUCUCCCCUUUUCACUGAAGAGCCUCCACCUAUGGGCGGCUCUCUAGAGCCGGGGGCGAAGGCAUGUGCUGCUGAUGACAAAAUUCUCGACGAACGCGAGGAGCCCGGUUUCCUGACUGGGCUGAAGAUCCCCGCCCCAUGGGCUGCUGGGAAGACCGUAGAGACGGUGCACCCAGUGAGGGACAAUUACAAGUUCAAGGAGACGGUACACAUCCCAGGAGCCCGCUGCCUGUACCUUCGCUUUGAUUCUCGCUGCUCCUCACAGUACGACUAUGACAAGCUGGUUAUCUACGCCGGUCCAAACACCAACAGUCGCAAAGUAACCGAGUAUGGAGGGAACACUCUGGGAUAUGGCAGUCGCAGCGUCUUGGGGACAGGCUGGCCCAAAGACCUUGUCAAGGUUGAAGGAGACACUGUGACGUUUUCCUUUGAGAUGAGGAGUGGACGUGAACACAACACCCCCGAUAAAGCCAUGUGGGGGUUCUCCUGCACUGUCAGAGCUCAGGAGUCAUCCGAGGAUGUCUCUGGAGGCCUCCCGUUCCUGGCAGACCUCGCCCUCGGCCUGUCCGUGCUGGCUUGCUCAAUGCUCCGCAUUCUUUAUAACGGACCGGAGGUGACCCGAGAGGAGGAAGCCUGCCACGACCUGCUCUGCUCAAAGCUGCUGCAAAGGUGUCAGUGGCAGGUGGAAGCCAACGGUGCGAUCUCUCCCGCCCUCACGCCCAGCCCUUCACCUCUGCCGCUCACUAUCGAGGAGGACCGGGAGUUCACCUACCCCUCCGACGUACUCAUCCCGCCCCCGGGCCUCAUGCCGGGGACCUACUUUGACUUGCCUCGUAUCCGCCUCCCUCCAGGCAUCAUGGGAAGGCUGCGAGAGGUGUCUGGAAGGGCUCGACCGCAAUUCCGUCCUAGCAUCAAGGACGUGAUCAGGCCCGACGUUAUGGAGGAGGUUAUAGUUUCGUGUGUCAUAAAACAUCUGAGCCUGAUGGACGCCCUGCAGUCGCUCGUCAACUACCAGUACCGCGAGGAUCACGCCGAGGAGUACGACCUGGUCUGUAAGAUCAUGGUGGAGACCUUCAAGAAGAUCAACUCUAUGGAGCGUCAGCUGCAGAGUGUUGCAGAACUGGAGCAGAAGUGGCAGAAUGAGGUGGACGAGGCCCAGCAGGGAAAGCUGGAGAACAACACUCCUUUCUUUCACGACUACCACUUCUUUGAGAACAAGAUUAAGGAGCUGGAGCUACUUUGCUCCCUGAAGGAGGUCCCACUCGAUUUCAGCGAUCUGGAAAACGUUGUCCUUGCAUUGAGGGAGAAGUUCUUUCAGGAGGUAAACACCACGCACCUCAGAAGUAGCACCUCGCUGGCCAAAACUAAAGCCCUGGUGAAGAGUCUGAUGAACCGCACUGAGCUGCUGCUCCACGUUACCAUCGCUCCACAUUACAGAAGCCUAACCACCACGCCUGCUGGCACACCAGGGGCAGCCUCUAAGUCCGUGUCAGAUGCCAAGACGGUGAUCCCCAUGGUGAAGCAGCCAGUCUUUCUCCGCAGCAUGUCGGCACCCUCUGACCUGGAGAUGAUUGCUAACCAGGACUUGGAGUUUACACACGCACCCCAAAGGAGGCGACACCACCCGACUAGUCACCGCAGCAGCUCAUUCACUCUGCUGCAGUCUCUGACCAUCGAGGACAGCCGGGACAAACCGACGUACAGCGUGCUGCUGGGACAGCUCUUCGCCUUCAUCGGAACGACCCCUGAUCAGGCUGUGUCCAGCAGCAGUUUCCUGUCUGCUGCGCAGACACGUUGGAGACGCGGCAGCACGCGGAAGCAGGCGCUUGUUCAUAUGAGGGAGCUGCUCACGGCCGCUGUCAGAGUCGGAGGCGUCACCCACCUGGUGGGGCCUGUCACUAUGGUACUGCAGGGUGGCCCAAGGAUCGAGGAGCUGACCUGUGGUGGGAUGGUGGAGCAGGUGCAGGAGGCCUUUGGGGAGACCAUGACGUCUGUAGUGUCACUAUGUGCUCGCUACCCCAUAGCCUGUGCCAACAGUAUCGGCUUGCUUUGCACAAUCCCCUACACCAGGAGUGAGGAGCAGUGCCUGGUUCGGAGCGGUCUGGUCCAGCUCAUGGACAGCCUGUGUAGUUUAAGUGGUCAGAGGGAAUGCAGCUCAAACGAGAAGCAGACCAAAAAGCAGAAGGUGGCCACCAUGGCUUGGGCUGCUUUCCAGGUGCUGGCUAACCGCUGCAUCGAGUGGGAGAAGGUGGAAGGUGGAUCUACAGAUGCAGUGCAUUCUGGUCUGGCUCGGCAGGUGUCCAGCCUGCUGACCAAUCACCUGGCCAGAGCUACGGAGUGCUGUGGGAAUCAGGCCGCCGGCAACGAUGCUUUACAGGAUGUGCUCAGUCUGCUCAAUGACCUGUCCAGGAGCCACAUAGGGAAAGCUAUCCUGAGCCAGCCGGCUUGUGUUUCUAAGCUCUUGUCUCUGCUGCUUGACCAGAGACCUUCUCCAAAGCUGGUACUUAUCAUCCUGCAGCUCUGCCGAGCCGCCCUGCCUCUCAUGAGUGUGGAGGACUGUGGUAACGUGGCCCUGCCCUCGUGGAGCUACUCUAUCAACACGCUAGAUGCCGAGCAACAAGAUGCUAGUGACCCUGCCUCACGUAUUGCUGCCUUGCUGCUAGCCAAGCUGGCAGACUAUGUAGUACCAGGGUGUCAAACGCUGCUCUCCCCCAGCUCCUCUGAGCCAGACACUAGUCUGUCCCGCACCAGUUCCAAAGGAGCUCUGAAGUCUGAGGAUGUUGGCGAGGAGGGAGAGGCGGUCGACGGAAAGCUGUCAAUCUUCAUCCACAAGAGAGAGGACCAGUCGUCUCAUGAAGUUCUGCAACCGCUUCUCAGCAGCUCAGAGGGACGUCCCUUUCGGCUUGGCACUGGUGCAAACAUGGAGAAGGUGGUAAAGAUGGACAGAGACAUGACAAAGAGUGGCAGCUGUGAAGUGAUCACAGAGGAGGCAUCUGCUGCCCUGAGGAAGGCCAACAAGUGGGCCCAGUCUGGCCUGAUAGUGAGUGUUGGACCGCCUGUGGAGACCGUAGCUCAGGAGGCCGCUGGAGGCAUCACCACCGGUGACAAGAAGAAAACUGCUCAGACCGCUGUGUGCAGGGACAGGAACGCUGAUCUGGCCAGGUCAGACCCUGUCAGGCCGUUCAUCAGUGGCCAUGUUGCCAAUAGUAUGGCUGCUGAGGUCAUUGCUCUGCUGCAUAGCCUGCUCACUGCCCCCGAGUCCAACACCGCUCAGAUCUGGACUAGCACUGCUGAAAAGGUUCUCUCCCGGGCCCUGAUGUUUAUCCCUCAGCUGGGGAAGUACGCUGAGAGUAUUCUGGAGAAUGGGAGCAGCAGUGGCAGGAAACUGGCUAAGCUGCAGGCAAUUGGCAGACAAGCUGUUGCUGCACUUUGUGCCCUCGGGGGCUUCAAAGAAACUAUCAAGAUCGGCUCAGAGGUCCAGGUGGUAGGGAAAGGAGUGCUGGGCAGUGUCGGCAUAGUUAUGUCCAUCAAUGAGCAGGAGGGCAUCGCUACCGUCAAGUUCCCUUGUGGCGAGUACAGGAGAGCUUGCCAAGCCUCAGACACCCUGACAGUACCUAUAUCACGCCUCUGCACACCCAGAUCUGAGGCGCUCCCUCUCUAUAAGCUCUCAAUCACAGAAAAGGUGGUACAAGCAGUGCAGUCCAUGCUUCUGCCACACGAGGGAAGUCUCUCCAUUCACACUUCUCUGCCAGCUACAGGCGAUGGCUCCAGCCCGGUCAUGGCUGCCGUACGCCUGCUGGCUGAAAUCAGAACCCGGGCAUGCCUGGUGAUGGCGCAGCUCCUGGAGGAUAGCUCCUUCUGCGAGGAGUUCAUCCAGCAGUGUCCCGCUGCUGUGGAGGUUCUCAACCUGGUCGCCCAGGAGUGCAGCCCUGUUGUGUCAUCUUGUGCAGGGGAGCGUCUCGGCAUGGUCGAGGCUCAGUGUGAACGAGUGAGAAUGCUGUACCGGGACUGUGCUCGGCCGCCUCCUCCUCCACUGCAGACAGACAGACGCCAGCCCAAGGAGAUCACUUGGUGUCCAUCUCGAGUCUUCCCUCCAGUCCGUGCCUGCAUGUUCUCAUCCCGUCUGACCUCGGUCACCUUCUUGGCUGAUCCGAGUGCUGGAGGAGGGCUGCCCAGAGGCACCUUCAUCUACGCCACCUGUCCUGUACCAAUUCAGGCCCCGUCUUUUUACUGGGAGAUAGAAAUUGUCUCCUAUGGAGACUCUGAGGAGGACAGCGGCCCGAUUGUGUCCUUUGGUUUUGCCACUGAGGCGGAGAAGAGAGACGGAGCAUGGACCAACCCUGUCGGCACUUGUCUGUUUCAUAAUAAUGGUAGGGCAGUGCAUUAUAAUGGCUCCAGUCUGCUGCAGUGGAAGAGUGUCAGGCUGGAUGUGGCUCUACUUCCCGGCGACGUGGCUGGAAUCGGCUGGGAGCGUUCGGAGGGCACUCCUCCCCCCCCUGGUCAGGCCCCUAAAGGCAGGGUCUACUUUACCUACUGUGGCCAGCGGCUUGGCCCCAUCCUGGAGGAUGUAGCUGGAGGAAUGUGGCCCCUGGUUCACAUUCAAAAAAAGAACUCAAAGAUCCGUGCCAACUUUGGAAGCCGGCCAUUUGCAUACGCAGAAGGUCAAGCACACAGAAACGCGGCUGACUUGUGUGUAGAUCUUGCAGAAGAAAUAAGUGCAAAUUUCGAAGCACUGCCCUUUGCUAUGGCCUCAGACAGCGAUAAUGAUGCAGGUGCAAGCGUUACCUCGGACUCUGGCUCACAUGGACCACCUUGUCGGAUUGCAGCCGUGGCAGUUGCCCAACAACAGUACAACAGCGACCUGUCGUGCCAUUACAAAUUCGAGCUGAGCUACGAGAACCUGGUCACCUCUGGGCCGGACCCGCACCCUCCUCCUAUCGCAGAUGAUGAGAGUGACGAUGAGGAUGAUGAUGAUGUCCCAAGAGAGGACCACUACGCCUUGCUGGUAAAGGCCUGGGAGACCAAAGUGUUCCCUACCAUUCGUAGGCGGUUCCGUAACGAAGCUGAGAGGAAAUCUGGCCUGGACCAAAUCAAAGGAGCUCUGCAGCUAGGCAUGGUGGACAUUGCAAGACAGACAGUGGAGUUCCUGUAUGAAGAGAAUGGCGGCAUUCCUCGGGACCUCUACCUCCCUACCAUCGAGGAUAUUAAGGACGAGGCCAACAAGUUCACUAUUGACAAAGUUCGCAAAGGCUUGACUGUAGUCAUCCGCUCUCCGGACAGCAACAAUACCAACAGCACCACAGGAGGGACAGCCCUGCCCAAGUUUGCUAUCCGGGGCAUGUUAAAGACCUUUGGUUUGCACGGGGUGGUGCUGGAUGUGGACUCUGUGAAUGAGCUGGUGCAGGUGGAAACCUACCUGCGCAGUGAGGGGGUGCUGGUGAGGUAUUGGUAUCCUAUCGAGAUGCUGGAGCGUCCGCCUGCUGGAUCUCGACGGACUGCGGCGAAUGGCUUAGUCUCACUCGACAGCAGCAACAUUCAGAUUCACAGGGAACUGCUUCGCUGUGAGAGUGCGCUGGCUCGGUUAUACUGUCGUAUGGCCCUGCUCAACAUCUUUGCCCCGAAGAGUCCCCACACCUUCACUCGUCUCUUCCACAUACCUGCUAUCCGUGACAUCACCCUAGAGCACCUGCAGCUGCUGUCCAAUCAGCUGCUGGCUCCACCCCUCCCUGAUGGGACUAUUAGUUCCAGUUCUAUCCUUCUGGCCCAGUCGGUGCUUCACAACCUCCAGGGCCAAAGCUGCUCCCCCUCAGAGCUGUUCUACCAGGGCAACGCUCAGCCCAUCCAGGAGUGGCUCACCGUGGCCAUCACCCGUGCCUUGCAUCAAGGAGAGGAAAGCCUGCUGGAGCUCACAAAGCAGAUCUGCUGCUUCCUACAGAAUGCACCCGAGCAGUUUACAUCUGAGGAGUUUCCUGUGACGGAGUCAAAGGUUAGCAUGGAUGUCAGCUUUCCCGGCGCUGCAUUUGUGAUCAUCUCCUGCAAGGAGAGCCAGCUGGGCUGCCGCAAAGACUCCAGCCUUUACAAGGCCCCCUGGGCUCGAGUCAUGGUGUACGGCCUGGGUCACAAAGUGCGUAGAAAUGGCCAGCUGAAUCUGAUGGAGGCCGUGUGCUAUCCGCUGGACGCCUCACCUACCAACACAGGCCUUACUCCCCCUCCCACCACCAACCAAUACCCCUCUGUUAUCAUCCCCACUGAUAAGGUGCACAUCAAACUGGGGGUGUCGCCCCCUCCCGGUGCGGUGCUGGUGCUGCACUCCUUGCCGCUGGAGUUUCCUCUGGCCAUGGCAUUCGCUGAACAGCUGCUGACGUGGAAGCUGGGAGAGAACAGCGAGCGAUCUGACGACGAGCUGGACACGGUGCCCUCGUCUGUGCUGCUGCAGGUGGUGGAACUGCUGGGUGGUUUGCUUUGGACUACUGAUCUGGCUCCCUCCAUAAAAGAACUCAUCUUUCACUUGCUGGCUGAGCUUCUGCGAAAGAUCCACCACCUGGAGCAGCGCAAGAGCCCCGCUGGCCUUUCCAGCUCCAUCGCUCUGCUGCUCAACCCGUGCCUCGCCGUGCUCAUGGCCCUGCAGACGGAGCUCCGCAAGCUCUACGACCGGGAGACUCAGGGGUGGACUGCUGGAGGGGCGGGAGCGGGGGGGUCAUCCUCUGGAGGCGUGGCGUUGGCGCUGGGGACGGAUCAGAGCCGCUUCUCCACCUACUUCCACGCUCUGAUGGAGGUGUGUCUCGCCGUGGCAGAGGUGACUCUUCCUCUCAACGUUGGCGGCUCUUCAGUGGGCGCCCUGUCCUCCACCAGCGCCCCGAACCUCAGCGACUCCUCUUCGUCUUCGUCAUCGUCCCCGGGCCAGACGCCGCAGAGCCCCAGUCUGCUGUCCAAGCGUAAGAAGGUCAAGAUGAAGCGCGAGAGAGCGGCGGCCGCGGUGGCGGCAGCGGUCUCUGGGAAGCGGGGAAGUGGAGGCGCGCGCUUGUCGGAGAGCGACAGCGCCCUGCUGAACAUGGCAACGAGUAAACCCGAGGACAUGCUGUGGUUCCACCGCGGCCUCACACUCCUCAUGAUACUACGACAUCUCACCAACAAGGACCCGCAGGGCUUAAGCGUGACCAGUGACGCGGUGACGGACGCCUGCCAGGCGCUGGUCGGCCCCACGGCCCACAGCCGCCUGCUGGUGCUCUCAGGUAUCCCCACGCACCUGGAGGAGGCCGUGGUUCGAAAUGCUAUCCGCAGGGCUUGCAACGCACACGGAGGGCUCUUCAAAGACGAAGUCUUCAUCCCGCUGCAGGAAGAGGAACCUAGGAAGCCCAAAGUUUCUAGCCCUCAGGAUGGCAAAGCGGGCCCUGAACCGGAGCGCCCGUUCCCUAACAGCGGAGGUCCUGAGAGUCCCGACAGCUCCAGCAGCGUGACUCCGGCUAUGAGCGUGAGCGCUUCGGCUUCUACCAGCCAGACUUCGAUCUGCAGCUCCUCUCAGGGAGUGUCCCGCACUGCCAGUGAACUCUCCGUUGACCAGGAGCUGUCGGCUGUUCCCCCUCUCACCACUGCUGCUGCUGCUGCAGCUUCAGCCAUUACAUACCCUCAGCAGGGCCCCCAAGACCCUCAGACUGUUUCUAGUCAGGAGAGUCUAGACACCUCCUUGUGUAGUACAGGAAGCCUGGGGAGUCUUGGCAGCUUAGGCGAGCCUCUCGACAGCGCGGAAACGCCGUCCGCGUCAGAUGGAGGCUCUAUGCACACAGUCACCUCACUGGAGAGCAAUGCAGCCGUGGCCAGGCCCAUCAAGGGCUAUGCUGUCAUUGAGGUUCGUUCUCGGGCCAAAGUGGAAAAGAUCCGUGCCAGUCUUUUCAACAGCAGUGACCUGAUUGGCUUGUCCGGUCUUGACGGAGAAGAGGAUCUAAUGGAGUUGACCAAUGAGGAGAUCCUCACAGCCUCCAGUGUUAACCAAAGCCUGUUUGACACGCAGGGAAGCUCUGCUCUUGAAGACUACUUCCUGGACAAGUCAGUCAGAGGUGACAAGCUUGUACCUGGAGCCCGAGAUGUUCUCACAGAUAUCUUUAAGAGCUGUGUGCACUCGGAGCAGAUGCUCAGCCUCACGCCAGCCAAGCCACUUAAAGUGUCGGACAUUUACCUCAGCAAGGAGCAGAUCAACGCUCAGACACCUGGCAACCUGCUCCAUACUUUCUUCACCAACGUUAGGCAUCCAAAGAAAGUACUUGAGGACCAGCUUACUCAGAUUCUAAGAAAGUACGGCACUCCCAAGCCCAAUAAGAACAAAUACAGCAAAGCAGGGAAGGAACAGCACCAAGGCAAGGUAGUGAGCACCAAGAGGCCCAUCACCAAACCUCCCACCAAGGAGAAGUCUGUGCUCAACAGUGUCAGGACUGCUCUGAGUGAGAAGAAGACAGUCCUGAAGCCAAAAUCUCCUGAGAAAUCCAGACCUGAGGAGAAAGAUGUAGAAAAAUCUCCUGCUAAGAAAGCUGAAGUUCCAGAGGAGAAGUACCUGACACUAGAAGGCUUCCAUAAAUUUGCCGUUGACCGUGCCAAGCAGGACAUCCGUAGUGUCUGGAGGGCGAUUCUGGCGUGUGGUUACGACCUCCACUUGGAAAGGUGCACCUGUAUAGACACUCGGCACGCCCAGAAGGCCUGCAGGAAGUGGAAUUUGGAAAUGGACGUGGCAUUGGUCCAGUACAUCAACAGGCUGUGCCGUCACCUGGCCAUCACACCCGCCCGACUGCACCCCCAUGAAGUGUACCUGGACCCCGGAGACACUGCGGAUCCCCGAGUGGCCUGCCUGCUCAACGUGCCCGUGGAGAGCAUGCGCUUGCGUUUUGCUCUGCUGCAGUCCCUCAACAACACCCUGGAGAGUUUCUUCCUGCCGCUGGUGGAGCUGAGACAGACACACACCUAUCAGAACAGCAUUGCAGCGCUGUUAUGUGAGGCCAAAGGUUUGAACUUCUACGACACUAAGGUGACCGUAAUGAACCGAGUACUGAAUGCCACGGUACAGCGGACAGCUGACCACGCCGCCCCAGAGAUUACACUGGACCCUCUAGAGAUUGUUGGAGGUGAGAUCAGAUCGUCGGAGAACACGUAUUUCUGCCAGGCAGCACGCCAGCUAGCCUGCGUGCCGUCGUCCCAGCUGUGUGUGAAACUGGCGAGCGGAGGAGACCCGACCUACGCCUUCAACAUCCGCUUCACUGGAGAGGAAGUUCAUGGCACAAGUGGCUCCUUCAGACAUUUCCUCUGGCAGGUGUGUAAGGAGUUACAGAGCUCGGCUCUUUCCCUGCUGCUCCCCUGCCCCAGCUCUGCAGCCAACCGUAACAAGGGGAAGUACAUCCUGACGCCUUGCCCGAUCAGCUAUGCAGAGGAACAGCUGUUGCACUUCUUCGGUCAGCUGCUCGGCAUUGCCAUCCGCGCAGAUGUUCCCCUCCCUCUGGACCUGCUGGGCUCCUUCUGGAAGGGUCUGGCGGGCGAGGCCCUCGACCCGGAGCAGGACCUGCAGGAGGCCGAUGUGCUCACAUACAACUACGUCAACAAGUUUGAAAAUGCGAGUGAUGACACAGAGCUGGAGGCGCUCUGUGCUGAGAUCUCCUCCCAGCACCACUCGGGCGAAAGCCCGGACUCCCCCAGCCGGCCCUGCUGCACCUUCACCUACGUCACUAUGACGGGCGAGGAGGUGGAGCUCUGUCAGGGAGGCCGCAGCCUCACCGUCAGCUGGGAGAAUAAGAACAUGUAUGCGCGGGCGGUGCGGAGCCUUCGCCUCAGGGAGCUGCAGAACGUGGAGUGCAUGGCGGCGGUGCGUGCGGGGCUCAGCUCCAUCAUUCCCCUGCAGCUGCUCACCAUGCUCAGCCCCUUGGAGAUGGAGCUGCGCACAUGCGGCCUGCCUUAUAUCAACCUGGAGUUCUUGAAGGCUCACACAAUGUAUCAGGUGGGUCUGAUGGAGACCGACCAGCACAUUGAGUUCUUCUGGACCGCCCUGGAGAUGUUCACCCAAGAGGAGCUCUGCAAGUUCAUUAAGUUCGCCUGCAACCAGGAGCGAAUCCCGUUCACCUGUCCCUGCAAGGACGGCGGGCCCGACACCGCCCACGUCCCCCCGUACCCCAUGAAGAUCGCCCCUCCUGACGGAGCUGCAGGUCAGCCCGACUCACGCUACAUCCGUGUGGAGACCUGUAUGUUCAUGGUGAAACUGCCCCAGUACACCUCUCUGGACGUGAUGCUGGAGAAACUGCGAUACGCCAUCCACUACCGCGAGGACCCUCUCAGCGGCUAAGACCACUUGACACCCCCAUAUUCCCAAGUGUAUAUCCCUGCCCCCCCCCCCUCCCCCCCCACCCACCGUUCUUUAAACCCCGCUGCUCCGACGCAACCACACAUUUCAUUUCAUUUGAUUUCAGGUGGCUAUGAACGCUUUGCAUGUUUAUCCCUGCUUCCUUUUUUUGAAAUGUAUUAUUACACGCUUUACACAAAUACUUUCUUUCACAUUUAUGUUUGACAUUUGAUUUCUUGUGAAGAAUUCAGGGAAGAAAAUCUGACGCUGUUGGCAGGCGUCUGUUCUGGUUGCACUGAGUUUGUGGAUGGCAUUGAAGUGAUACAACUGUGACACAGUUGGUUUUUUUUUCCGUAUUGGUUUGUUUCCCCUUCCCUUCCCUUGAACAGAGGGCGUAACAAGGUUCAGUCAAGUUCUGUGAAUUUAAACUAAAAUAGGAUGACUUCAGAUCUGCACUUUUUACAGUUUGCAAAUUGAAUUCAUAAUUGCUCAUCCCUCUUUCUGCGGGAACAAUUCAGUGUCGAAAGCUCGGUCUCAGCAAGGCUAUGAGUUGCAAAACUGUAAAAAGCAACAACCAAACUGUUACUCUUCUACUGCUUGACCCAGCUGCCUCCCUCUGUGGGGGUGAUGUUCAGAAACAUGCUUUCGCUGUCUCUCCAGAGGGUGAUUGAUGCUGGUUGCAUGUGAAGAGGAAAAAAAACAUGAUUUUCCAUAGAAUGAUCUGAUGUUUGAGGCUACAUCCACACUACUACCUUUUGGUUUAAAAACUAGUAUCUUGUGCCACGUUUACGCCUCGCGUCCGCACUACUGCGGCGUUUCCGAGCCCCUAAAACUUCAACAUUUGGAAACACUGCUGCCCCCGUUUUGGUUAGACAACUCCGGGGUUGCUUUGUAGUCUGGACGGAGACAAACAGAGACAUUUGGAAACGACGACGCACGUCAGUCAGUCUUAUCUGUUAGGUAGCUUACAGACCUUUCAGUAACAGUUCCACCUCGUCCUCGCUCCAAGAUAAUAAAUCCCUGCUCUUACUUUUCACCGUUGUUCUUUCGCCAAAGUAAUUUCUGUAUUUUAAAAAUGUAAGGAGUAGAAAGUACAGAUAAUUGUGUGCAAAUGUAAGAAGUAGAAGUAUAGAUACCCAACAUUUCUACUUAAGGUAACAAAGUAUUUGCACUUCGUUACUUGACACCUCCGCACGGCGUUGAUUUACCGCAGACGCAUAAUCGGCCUUAAGGGGGUAUUACAACUAUGCUGAUGGAGUACAUGUUCUUGCUUGUACUUCACUUCACUGAUCGUUGUUUUCCAAAGUGUACCAUAAGGUUCCUAGAUUGCUUAUCCACCUUCAGGCAAUCUUUGGUUUCAGUUAAUCGCAUAUCCCUUAUGAAAAUCACCUCGCUGCUUGACACAGGGACUGUUCCUCCAGAACCAGACCAGCUCUCUGGGCGGCUUCCUGCCUCAUUCAUCCAUGAUUUUCAACCGCAGAGUAACGACAGACAGUCUGCUUCCUGUUUACACCGGCACAUCUGUGAUGUCAGACGUGUUAAUAUGGACGGAGAUUAGUUCUGCUACUGGAGCUGAAACUCUUGUGUGGACGGAGAUUGUUUUUGUCUCAAAAGGUCGCUUAAAAAUGAAAGCGUAGCUGUGUGGAUGUAGCCUGAGACGGAGGUACGACUACUAGCUGAAAAAAAAAUGAAAUGCGUGACGCAGCCUAUUUUUGAACACUAUGUCGGCGACGGGCAGGCAGGAGAUGUGCUGUACAGGAUAUUAUGUAGUUUACUGCCUGUUUAAAAAAAAUAAAAAUAAAAAAACACAAACCACUAAUGGACAAACUAAUUAAUGCCUAUAUAAACUGAAAACAUGUUAUCCAAGUCUCUGAAGAAGAGGGUAUUUAAGUCAUGUAAAAAGUCAUAUUAAUCUGUUAGUUUAUGAAAUUGCUCUUUUGAUUUUUUGGGUAGCUUUGGCGGCAUGUUAGGUCAGGUCGAUCGGACGAUAACGAGAGCAUUUCAGGUUUGUGAAACCUGCGCUGCUGCUUUCGUGAAACCGGGAAGGAGAUGAUAUUUCUCACGGGCUACGUCUCAGGUUCUUAAAUUGCAACCACGUUUCCUUCACUUACCUGCUUCCCUUCCUGGCGUCUUAGUCCGUCCCAGCGAGGAAGCACGGGAAAGACGCGAGGAAAUCAUGCGAAGGGGAGAGGAAACGAGGAGAUGUGUCUUUAGAGGGAUGAGACGUCCUUUUCCUCUGAAGCGUCACGUUAAUUUGUCAGCUGUGUGGGCGGAGUUAGCAACAGCUUUCAGCUGCACGGCUUCCGGGAAGGCUGCUCUCAUAUAUCCUCGCUCAUAGCUCCUCAGAGAUCCCUCUUCCAUCCUCCAUCCUAGCUCCUCUGGGCAGGAAUAAGAGCUUUGAGACGGCCAGAACGACUUGCAAUUCAAGCGAGGAGAUAUCGGAUAAGAGAACUGAGAUUCAGCCAUGAGCUGCUCUCCUACUUUGUUUGUGUGCUACUGCUACUGAAUGUGCAACACCCCCCCUCCCUCCCUCCCUCCCGUCCCCAAAAUACACAAUCUAUACACAUGUAAACACUGGGGGAGGGGCGGUGGGUUAACUUGCCUUUUCAUCGUUUUUCUUUUCCUUAAAGAAGAACAGGAUUCUGCUGGUUUUCUUUCUUUUUUUUUGUUGGCCAUAACCAAAUGUUUAGCUGUGUAAAAAUGAAAUUGUGGAGAGAGAUAAAAAAAAAUAAUAAUAAUGUAAAUAGACUGAAGUUAUGUUUGAUAGCAGUUUUUUAUGAAUUGCUAAUUCACUUCACUUUUAUGAUUUUUUUUUUUUUUUUUUUUUUUGGGUUUGCACUACUUUCUUCCAACAAAAGAUUCUUAAAAAAAAAAAAAAAAAAAAUCAAGCAAACCAUGCGAUGUCUGUUGGAUAUCCGGUUUGUUGUGUUAUUUUUUAUGAAUUUUUUGGAAACAACCAGUACUCAUAAUCACCUUUUGUCUUGUACUCAGAUGGAUUCAAUCUUACUCAUGGUGAAACAUGUUUUCUUGUGUGAGUAAAAUCGCCAUUUUACUUGGAUUGGAACUGAAAAACACGACCGAAUCGAUAAUCUGACGCAUACUGGGAUUGUUGAGUUGCUUGCGAUCUUUGGUUGAGUUGUUUUGAAAGGUGACAUACCGCUGCUAACAGGGACGCUCUCUCCUCUACUUCCUCCUCCGGGCGGCGAGGGGGGGUGGAGAAGGUUAUAAAAAAAAGGACUUAUCCAUACAAAGAGGUGUUGCGAUAAAAACGUGUGCUGUAUGUACAUUGACUUGAUAUUUAUUACAAUUAUUUAUGGUUGCAUUAACUUAACUUUUACUGUCUUACCUCUGCACAUCAGAAACGUAACAUAUCUAAAAAUGGAUUAUACAGAUGUAAAGAAUCAGAUGGCAUUUGAGAUCUGUGUCACAAUAAAGAAAUGUCUUCAUGUA